GCCCGGUCAAUUAAUCGCCGGUUCAGUGUCAAAUCAACAUCCCAGCAAAGCACGCCGGUCUUGGCCAAAGAUCUUGGCGCGAAUCGGAGCCAGCGCAGGUACCAAUCCGUCCAAUGUUGAUCUUCCUUUUCCCGACAGCUCUUGGCCUUUCUUCAGAUCUCCAACCACCAGCCGGCCAGCCUAUUCUUCUUCUCCACAUGCGGCUGGCCGAACUUCAAGACGACGAGGGAUCAACGUAUGGAUUUCUCGAUCCUCCCACGGAACUAGUGUUCCACUCGAGCACUCUUCUGGCUAUGGUCUCUCGUGCGCGACACCCUGGAGCCAUUUGCCGCUGUCGUGUGUCUUCACUCUCCGGCUCUUUCUCAGGCUUGUUUCUCAGAGGCAGCCAACCAGCCAUGAUGAUUGGACCUCUUCUGCUGAAGUUUUUGGACAUUCGUGGCCAGCCCUCCCAGGGUCCGCUAUAUCCCACAUAUUGGCAAGGGUCACCGUCGUCGCUUCAGGAAUUCAGGAGCUCCAACACCGCCCAGUUAUCCACCUGCGCAUACACCUCUCCAGACAUGCAGAUUGGUUGUGGGCUACAGCCCCCAUAAUACUUGGUCUUCCACUCGUUUUCAGUGCUGCGCAGGGUAGUGAUACCC